AGCAAACCACCUCCUGUUCGUCCACCAAGACGUCGUUUACAAUCGGAACCUCUAAUAAUUGAUACAAAACCAAUAGAACAUAAUAAGAUUAAACAAAUUGAAGAAAAAGAUUUAACCACACCUUCUUCAAUUUCUUCAAAAAGUUAUGAAAGGAAAAUUUCCAUAACAAGUUCAGAGGGUGGACCUUAUCCAACAACUCAAUUAUCUUCUUUAGAACGAGAAAAUUUCUUAGAAAGAUUAUCUGAUGCAGAUUUUAAAAUAUCUGAAUUAAGAAAACGUGAAAAAUUAUAUCAAGCUGAAAUUGAUUUGGCAAGAAAAGCUGGUUAUAUACCAACAUUUAGUUUUAGUGAUGAUAAUAAUGAGGAUUUGGAAAAUAUUAUUGAUAUUAAUGAAUUUACUGAUAUUGGAAAACCUGGAUCCGAAAAAUUCAAAGUUAUUGAAGCUAUUAUUAAAUUAAGUCAACAAUUACAAAAAGCAAAGGUUAGUACAAAAAGAAGUUUUUAG